GAGGCUCCCGGGGAACUGGGGGACGCCCGGGGGCGGUGGGGUCGGCGCCGGCAGGUAACCCCUCUCGGCCGGACGGCAGGAGAGUGUGGGGGCUGGAGAGGGGCUGCGGGGGCGGGGGACUGACCCGGCCGCCCCCUGCCGCCAGGCUCAACGUGGACGGGCUGCUGGUCUACUUCCCUUACGACUACAUCUACCCCGAGCAGUUCUCGUACAUGCUGGAGCUCAAGCGCACGCUGGACGCCAAGGGUCAUGGAGUCCUAGAGAUGCCCUCAGGCACUGGGAAGACAGUGUCCCUGUUGGCCCUGAUCAUGGCAUACCAGAGGGCGUAUCCACUAGAAGUGACUAAACUCAUCUACUGCUCAAGGACUGUGCCUGAGAUUGAGAAGGUGAUUGAAGAGCUGCGAAAGUUGCUCAACUUCUAUGAGAAGCAGGAGGGUGAGAAGCUACCGUUUUUGGGGCUGGCUCUGAGCUCCCGGAAGAACCUGUGUAUUCAUCCUGAGGUGAUGCCCCUGCGCUUUGGGAAAGACGUCGACGGGAGAUGCCACAGCCUCACAGCGUCGUACGUGCGGGCGCAGUACCAGCAGGACCCCAGCCUGCCCCACUGCCGCUUCUACGAGGAGUUUGAUGUCCAUGGGCGCCAGGUGCCCCUCUCUGCUGGCAUCUACAACCUGGAUGACCUCAAGGCCCUGGGACGGCGCCAGGGCUGGUGCCCCUACUUCCUCGCCCGCUAUUCGAUCCUGCAUGCCAACGUGGUGGUUUACAGCUACCACUACCUCUUGGACCCCAAGAUUGCAGAGCUGGUGUCUAAGGAGCUGGCCCGCAAGGCUGUCGUGGUCUUCGACGAGGCCCACAACAUCGACAACGUCUGCAUCGACUCCAUGAGCGUCAAUAUCACCCGCCGGACCCUCGACCGCUGCCAGGGCAACCUGGAGACCUUACAGAAGACGGUGCUCAGGAUCAAGGAGACAGAUGAGCAGCGUCUGCGGGAAGAGUACCGACGCCUGGUGGAGGGGCUGCGGGAGGCCAGUGCCGCCCGGGAGACGGACGCCCACCUGGCCAACCCCGUGCUUCCUGACGAGGUGCUACAGGAGGCUGUACCCGGCUCCAUCCGCACGGCCGAGCACUUCCUGGGCUUCCUGCGGCGGCUGCUGGAGUACGUCAAGUGGCGGCUGCGGGUCCAGCACGUGGUGCAGGAGAGCCCCCCUGCCUUCCUCAGCGGCCUGGCCCAGCGCGUGUGCAUCCAGCGCAAGCCCCUCAGAUUCUGUGCCGAGCGUCUCCGCUCCCUGCUGCACACCCUGGAGAUCGCUGACCUUGCCGACUUCUCUCCCCUCACCCUCCUGGCUAACUUCGCCACUCUCGUCAGCACCUACGCCAAGGGUUUCACCAUCAUCAUCGAGCCCUUUGAUGACAGGACCCCCACCAUUGCCAACCCCAUCCUGCACUUCAGCUGCAUGGACGCCUCACUGGCCAUCAAACCUGUGUUCGAGCGCUUCCAGUCUGUCAUCAUCACAUCUGGGACGCUGUCCCCACUGGACAUCUACCCCAAGAUUCUGGACUUCCACCCUGUCACCAUGGCAACCUUCACCAUGACGCUGGCCCGGGUCUGCCUCUGCCCCAUGAUCAUUGGUCGUGGCAACGACCAGGUGGCCAUCAGCUCCAAGUUUGAGACCCGGGAAGAUAUUGCGGUGAUCCGGAACUAUGGGAACCUCCUGCUGGAGAUGUCCGCCGUGGUCCCUGAUGGCAUUGUGGCUUUCUUCACUAGCUACCAGUACAUGGAGAGCACCGUGGCCUCCUGGUACGAGCAGGGCAUUCUUGAAAACAUCCAGAGGAAUAAGCUGCUCUUCAUUGAGACGCAAGAUGGGGCCGAGACCAGCGUCGCCCUGGAGAAGUACCAGGAGGCCUGUGAGAAUGGCCGUGGAGCCAUCCUGCUGUCCGUGGCCCGGGGAAAAGUGUCCGAGGGAAUCGACUUUGUGCACCAUUACGGGCGCGCAGUCAUCAUGUUUGGCGUCCCCUACGUCUACACGCAGAGCCGCAUCCUCAAGGCACGGCUGGAGUACCUGCGGGACCAGUUCCAGAUCCGAGAGAAUGACUUUCUCACCUUCGAUGCCAUGCGCCACGCGGCCCAGUGUGUGGGCCGGGCCAUCCGGGGCAAGACGGACUACGGCCUCAUGGUCUUUGCCGAUAAGAGGUUUGCCCGGGCAGACAAGCGUGGGAAACUGCCUCGCUGGAUCCAGGAGCACCUCACUGACGCCAACCUCAACCUGACCGUGGAUGAGGGGGUCCAGGUUGCCAAGUACUUCCUGAGGCAGAUGGCUCAGCCAUUCCACCGGGAGGACCAGCUGGGCCUGUCCCUGCUCAGCCGGGAGCAGCUGGAAUCCGAGGAGACCCUGCGAAGGAUAGAGCAGAUUGCUCAGCAGCUGUAGCAGUGCGGC